CUCCGCAUAUCGCAUCCAUCUUUUUUCCCUUCGAUUAGCAUCUUCUCGUGCAGACUCCUCAACCGCGACACAAUGCCGAUUUUGUUGGCCUCUUGGCCCUGAUCCACUGCAGUCCGGUGCAGUGGUAAAGUCGGUAACGCCCGAUCCAAGCAAGGGAAUGGAACUGGGAUAAAAUAAUUGGCAUCGCUUGUACUUACUCCACAGAAUGAGGGAGACCAAGUUUGCUCAUAUACACUGCACGCAUUUUCAUUUGGCGAAUCGCUUCCAGAAGCCAUUCGCGAGACCCGUGUGACAUGAUGCAACUGCAGUUGCUGUCAGCGACUCCCAUCGUGCACUACCCACUUACUCGACACAUCAAUCAGUGCCUGGUACACUUCUCACUCAAAAGCGAAGGUCGCUUCACCUCUCGAGCACGUCAACACCUGCUGGCAGGGAGACAAAGGAAAUCACGCUCCGAUAGCGAGGGAGAAUGAGUCAAGUCCGGCCAGAAGACGGCAAACUUGGUACAAUUCAAAAUCCGAGGACAUCUAAAGAUUGCAAAUCCACAAUGCCGAAGACAACUGUCAAGAAUCUGGAGCUCGAGCUCCAUGAUUUGCGAUCGGAGCUCGCAGAACUGAAAAAGACGACACUGAGGGCGACGCCAAGCGUCUCAGAACAAGUGCCCAACUUCGACUCGCAGCAGUUAGAGGUCAGCCAGGACAACGCGCGUCUGCUGCAUUUUGGGCUGCCAAUUGUGCAGUUCGCUCCAUCCCACGACAAGACGCAAGAGGAUGCAGGAGCAUGGUUGAGUUUGUGUGAGGCCAAGUUCGUGCUCGUGGGUCUGACCCACCUGGACAGCAGUCCGCUGCGGCGGCCAACGAUUUCAGGGACGCAGCCACUGGCUGGUACUCUGGUCCCUGAGACUCUCGUCCGGGAAGUCGACCCUGCCCUGGGCCGCCUUCAAAAGCGAGUUCCUGCAAACCUCGGCGUAGCCGUGACGCAGACAGGCCCUAUGAUGGCUAGUGAUGACAUCUAUACGCCUCAGCCGAGCCGUCCGGCGAACCCGAUUGUCGUUCACACGGUCUCCCAGACGCUGUCGCGUGCAGCAGCCCGCCCAACCCACCGGCGCAAAGUGCGCUGCUGGGACUGCAAUGAGGAGAGGCACGAGCGUGGGGAUCCGAGCUGCAAGGGUGCCUGGCAAGGCAGCAAGAACUAG